UGGCAGCACCACCAGCACCGAUCCAGAGGUCCAGAGCAUCCGAGCAUCAGAUAAUGGCGUCCUGUCGCAAUUAGUGAACCGUGGUGGUUGCGGGGUCAAUUUCCUUGACGUGGCCUUGUAUUUGAAACCUAAAGGCAUUUAGGCAGGUAUCAGUCUCUCUCCUUGUAAGCCCGACUCGCCUUGCUGCAGUACCCUGCAGCGACAGGAGCAAGCGCACAUUGGCAAGUUGUUGUGGUUUGCACUGGUUGCACACGAUGAAGGAGCGUGAGCUUCACUCCAAAAGGCACAAUAACAGUUUCGACGCCACACAUUUCUCACUUGGAGACACAAAAAUUUUGCCAGAUUACAAGACCCUGAAGACAUUCGAUGAAAUUGACAAUAUGUCAAGAAACAUCAUAGAGGAGGCUUACACACCACCUUCGGACACUGUAUCCAAUCCCUUCUUUUUUCGCAUCCAUCUUUCACCAGCUGACAAGAUAAAGGUUGCUUUGAUGUCUGUCUUCCUUGUGCCCAUUCGGAUUAUCCUAGUGGUGUUCUUUCUGCUUAUCACGUGGCUGGGCUGCUAUAUUGGCCAAAUUGGUCUAUCGUGGAAGGACCUCCAUGAAAAGCCCAUAUUAGGAUUUCGAAGAGACACAUUGAAGCCUCCAUUGGCAUUUGUGAUGCGGCUGAUGUUCCAAUGUGGAGGCCUGUCAUGGAGUUUCAAGGGGGAGCUUGCAAAGCAGAAAAAGGCCCCCAUCUUGGUAGUGGGACCCCAUUCCUCUUUGCUGGAUGGAGUGGUGGUUCUCCUACUGGGAGGGCUAAGUCCAGUCACCAAGGCAGCCUCGGAAUACAUCCCCUUUUUUGGAACAAUCUUAAAUUUCAUCCAGCCUGUGUACGUAAAACGGAAUGAUCCAAACUCUCGCCAGAACACGGUGAGGGAGAUCACACGUAGGGCAACCUCCAAAGACUGGUCACAAAUCAUCAUCUUUCCUGAAGGGACUUGCACAAAUCGUUCCUGUCUCAUCACAUUCAAAUUGGGUGCAUUUGUCCCUGGCGUUCCGGUGCAGCCUAUUCUUAUUAGGUACCCAAAUGAACUGAACACUUUAACGUGGACGUGGGAUGGCCCAUCAGCGUUCAAGACCUUGUGGAUCACACUAUGUCAGCUGCGAACCAACAUGGAAAUUGAGUAUCUGCCAGUUUACGUGCCAAGUGAAGAGGAAAAGAAGGAUCCGCAGCUCUAUGCAGAAAAUGUUCGCAUGUUUAUGGCAAAGGCAUUGCAAAUCCCAGUCUCUUCCUAUUCAUACGAUGACCUGAAGCUCCUGGACGAUGAUGCAUCAGAUCCAAACAGCACCAUAGUGCGGUUCAGGCUGCAGAAACUGCUUACCAGGAACCAGAUAUUAUUCAAAGACCUUGACGACGAGAUUCUGAAAGUGAAAGCAAUUAUAAAAUCCAGAGAUGACCCACAUGUCUCAUUCUCAGAAUUUGCUCACUUGGUUGGGGUACAACCCAACAGGACAGCAAAAAGUUACUUCGAGGUCAUAGACAUCGACAAGACCGGUAGAGUGGACUUGCGCUGCUACCUGGCGGGUCUUUGGCUGAUGCAUCCAACAGAGGUUCAUAGAGCGGAAAAGGCAUUUGAGACAUUCUGCAAUGGAGGAGAUGGCAUUGGACUGGAGGAUUUUGUGCAGUUGGCCUGGAUGCUCCUAGAAGUACCGAAGUCUGUCUCACUCCCUCUGUUUGAAAAGCUUGAUACAGAGUCUGCUGAGAAGGUUUAUCUGGAUGACUUUCGAAACUUUGUCUUGGAAACGCCACAGUGGGCUGCAGCUUUUACUCCUAAUGAGCCUUCAAUAGAUGAAGAUCAGGAUGAGAAUGACGAUCAUACAAAGCGUGACUAGUAUUACUUCUAAUGAAGUAAAGUCAGAGACAGUGUGGGUUUGAAAAGUAAGUUAAACUGCCUUCCUAUCUUUACAAAUGUCCUUUUCUCUCUUUGGACUCCGUUCCGUCUCUUAAAAAUGCAGUUAAAAGUAAGUUUCUCUAUGACUGUCUGCAGUUUGCAUUUUGAAAUCGCCUUCAACACCUCAAAGUCAUAUGGGACAGUGACUUCCAUGCAGUUUCCAUGUACAGUGUGACUUUUCCCAACAUAUUAUUUGUACUUUCUAGUUAUACCAUGCCAGUAGAUUUGUUCUAGGUGCAAAAAUGCAAUUAAAUAUGCGAUAUUUUUAGUAAUGUAUAAAAGUGGCUGUGCCAUGUUUUUUGCUGCAUCAUACUGUAACUUAUUGCACUGUAAUUUAUGUUAUCACCUCUCUGUCAUGUUUUUAAUGUAGCUCAAAUGGCUAAAUGUAUGGCAUGUAGUGUGUAUAUAUGGGCAUAAACUUCACCCUUGUGUAUGACAUUUAAUAGCGUGAUACUUAGCUGCAACGUGCUGUGCACGUAGGGCAGCACUUGGAUGGUUGUGGCUUUUCUGUUGUGUAAUGUGUAUUGGCAGUUUUUAUAGUAGGAAUAUAUAUUGAUAUGCUACAGAUGUGCUAAAGACAUGUGGGGGAGUUACAAGUGGACUGAUAUGCACUUAGGGGAAUAUAUGUUUAGUGCAGCUUCCAGCACGCAGAUCUUCAGUAUUAGUAGAAUAUUUGCUGCUGAUGUAUCAUUGACGUGAUGUUUGAUCAUUUGUAUUGUGUGAGAAGAACCAGGCCAAUCUGGUGUAUUGCAUAACAAUUUACUUACGGUGCGCGAUUGUUAUAUGGUGUAUACUCUACCAUACUUGAACUAAGAGAGCACAAUACAGGUGCACGCUAAACUUGUAACCUCACUGUAUUGUAAUUGACCUUUACAGCUCCUACCUAUUUAUUUGACUUGAACAGGAACAGAAUUAUGCCUGGGGAACUGUGAUCAUUGAAGGGAGUUGUAGUUCACUGUGGGUUACGUGUAGAAGACCCCCGAGAAAUUACAUCCACCAGAACGUCUUACUUUUUGAGAUAAAUAAGAAAAACGAAUGCCAUGUUCACAUUCGGUAACUGUUUUGCGGUGACAUAAGCAUGAGCUACUACACCUUGCUGGAUGCCACAAGUGUGGUUGCACUGUAACUGUCCCUACAGCCAUUUUGUAUGUCCACAGUACGUAGAUUGCUCGCCACAUGGACGGGUUGCAGUGCCAUAUGAUUUCACCAAACCUCCUGUUCCGGGCCUCACCAUGCACCAACCCUUGGCCCACCAACCAGGGUUACAUUGUGCAUGUUUCAUGUCUCUGGGGGAAACUGGAGGUACCUGCCUCAGCAUGAUUCCUGUAGCAAUUACUGUUGAUCUGACCACUCAGUUCACAUCGGUGGUGUCAAAGUAAUCGACAAGCUCUUAUGUGCCACCUGGUGCUGUUGCUUUUAGCGGUCUAAAACUUCUUCUUACAUCCUCUGUAGGAGGAAAAGCAUUCCAUCAAAAAGGGGAAACUCUCCCUCUUGCUGGUAGCACAAUGCCAGUCCUAACGGUUGAAUAUUCUUGUAGGUUCUCUGUGUUAGGUAAGGAAGCAGACCCUGGUAUCGACAUGUUCGCCAAGAACUGCUUUAACAGCAUUCAUUACACUUUUUUCAAAGUCCAUAACUAUGAUGUAGGGAUCUGGACUUGGUUCCAGGGAUUCACACUUAUGCACAAUAGCAUGAAAUAGAUUUGUGUAUGCUUCUUCGGAUUUAUGCUGGGUUAAUAAACAAUAGUUAUCGCACAUUCUCUCAUAGGGGGCCAGUACAAUGUAGAACUUCAGAGUAGCGUGGAAAUUGCUGUCCACGAAGCAGAUAUUGCUUGUGCCCAAUUUUUGUUAGCAUUCUCUGUUCCUGAAGAUGAUAAGCAUCGAAGAGGUAUUUGGGUUGUUGCCAUAACUCAUGAACAGUUCUGGCUGUCGUACAAAGGUAAACUUCUACUGCUCUGUGACAGCAAGCUCGUGCAGGUAUUAAGGGUCGAUGGUGGACUGACCUCUCUAGCACUUCUUGGUUUGGCAGUCUGGCCCUGUCUUUGGUCCCGAGUUCCUUCAAAGAAUCGGAUACAAUAGUCGUGGGAGUAUCUUUCGAUAUGGAACUCGGGUCAUUUGUGCGAACAGAUAGGUAGUCAUGGUGGACACGUACAUCGUAUGUGUUGUUCCAUUAAACCAGGGCACCUUUGCAUUUUCCACGUCUCACGCAACACUUCUCGCUCCAUUUGUUAAGGGCUUUUGCUUCAGGUAGAUGUAAACCAUUCAUGGCAAGUUUACGUUGCCCUUUGUUCGGCAACAGCUUCUUUGCUAUGUCACCAAACACAAGUGUGAAAACUGACCGCAACAAGUGAAUGAAGAGUGGACUGAAUGUGAGUGGGUGACUUUAAGCGCUGCUUUCUGCUAAACUUUUCUGGUUGGAGAAAAUCGGGCCUUACUGCGGCAGGGGUCUGUCCAAGGUGUCUCCAUUUGCUGUGCGCCUUUCGAUCGGUGACUAAUUUGUUGCGUCUAACCUGAACAUUUUUGUCUUCCAUCACGUCACUCUGUGUUGCAACCUAUUUCUUAAUCUGAAGCCCCCUAAAGCUUCAGUGCAGGGUAUGAUUAUUAUUCUUAUUUUCCGUGAGCAGCACUUGCUUCUUAAGUGUAGAAGAGUUAGCUCUCUGAUAGGUUAGUUGGUACAUAACUGUGGAAAUGACAUACGAGAAAAGACGAACAUAAGGAGGAGAGCACUCGUCCUGUCGCCGCCUUGUGUUUGUCUUUUCCCGCGUUACGCCAUGUCCAGAGUUGGCACUCCUUCCUGCUGAUUUGUAGAACUAUUUUUGCCUUGUGCAGCCUCAAGUACCUUUUCUUGAACAGAGUUUUUCUGAAAAGGCUCUACGUUUUAUCCUGAAUUCUUUAUCCAAUUCAUUCUUUACCAAUUUUAUUGUCCUUUUUUAACAAUCUUCAUUUUUUCUGUUGACUUUAUCUUUGUUCUCAUCACGGUUGUCGUGCAAGAUCUGAAAAAGUGCAACACAUUGGUACGCUUUUUCAAAUCUCUCAAAAGCAGCUUAUGGGCUUGCCUCUGAGAAGUAAGAAGUCAUUGUCCUUCGGGGCGUUUUCUCCUACAUGUUAACAUCACGUGGAAGAGAGCGGUUUUUAAUUUUUCUCAGUCUGUUGAAGCAGAGUUGGGAGUUGGAACAAUUGACAUUCUUUAGCACUCUAUGCAUAAUUGAAGUUUUCAUGUCUGCUCUACUAGUCGUAUCUUUGAAGAGCGCAAGAAAUAUGGUAUAUGAUAAAGUCACUGGAUUGGAGAAAGUGCCGCCAUCCUCUGAUCUUUGCUGCCAAGACCUUGGAACAACAAUGGCGGCUGUAGUAUGCCAACCCAUGCUGCGGCCGCCAUCGUUGCUCCAAGGUCGAGGCGGGAAAGUAUGGCGUUAUUUUCCCAAUCCAGUGACUUUAGUAUAUGACCCUGGGAAACCCUACACAUUUAAAGUGGACGAUAGUGUUAGCGUAGUCAAUACUUUUGCAUGCUCUUUUUAUCACAGCGCUUCUCCAUACACCGUUAAUGUGUACCUGCAUUUCCUUUCUUGCUUAUUAGUGAAAAAUAAUAAAAAAUAAUAUGCAUGCAAGAUAACCAUGCUUUCAAAAAAUCUAUCCAACGGUCUGGCGGGGCAUUAGGCGUGUUCUUGAGUACGACAAGGCCCAGAGCUACUUACAGCUUGGGAGAGACUUCGCUAGGCACCUAUGUGUGCUCACAUUGCAUGGCUGUAGGUAUUGACGAGUCAGGAUGCGAUAUGGAAAUAGGGUCAAUGUAACAACUUGCGUUCUAACAUCAUGCCACACUUGAGGCGCCCAUGCAAGGUGCAACAUCCAGUGACAAACGUAUGAACCCAUGUGCUACCUAAGUGUGGACCUGCUUCGGGGGUCCGAGAAACUAUAUAUUUGUUUAACUAUGUUCCCACAACUAGUUUCUAACUAUAUUUUAGACUACUACUAAAUAGUGUAACUACAUGUACUUAACUACUGACAAUAUUUAUCUUUCAAAAUAUUGGAACUGCAUUCUCAGCAUUUGAUUAGGCUUGCACCCCCAAUGACAUCAGUGACUCCAUAUUAUUGACUGGUUACCAAAGUCUGGCAUCUGUAUGAUUCAAAAUGAUUUGUUUGCAGCAGUGUAUUUGAUUGCCCUCAACUUCUAUUCAAUUAAACAUCACCAUAAGAAUGUUAAAUGGUCGAGGAAGGUUGUUUGUGCCUUUGGUAUGGAAUUAUUUUUAUUAUGAAUUUGGGGCCUGCCUUGGAAAGCAUGCUGUUAUACUACCAAGGUCAAUUGAUACUCUAUGUAAUGACUGAAAUUGAGGGGAGGGGGUCGGGACAUCCGGAACCCCCCCCUAAAUCCGCCCCUGUAUGUAUGUCUGUGCCUUUCCCAAAACUACAGUGAAAACUGGUAGAACAAUCACAGUUCAAUGACUUCUUUAAGAUAUCCCAUUACAUACUUUACAUAAUCGACGAAUUUUCUCAGGACCAUAAUAGUAAUUGCCACACAUGAUAUGGCAGCGGAAUUCUCCAAGCUUAUUCUAUGGGCGUGCCAACGGUCAUUGAGCAAAGGAACGGAGAUAGUCGUGAUCUAAAUCUCCUAGAGUUUACUUGCAAGUUGCCAGCUUGUGAAACUGUGGUAUUCAUAUUUAAAGAAGGGUGAAAAUUUGUGCGUUUAUGGAACAUUGCAGUGAAUGGGUAAAUGGUGUCUAUCACCUGUCAUCUUUUUGUUUUAAAGAAAUGUAAACCACACAUCCCAAUUUGCCAAGUUGGCUGAUCAUCACUGCCAUCACUUGACCCACUCAUCACAACAGCAUACAUGUUUGUUUGUCUGAUUUAUUUUCCAAAACUAGCACAAAACUUCAGGAUAGCUGCUCCUGUAUUUGUUAAUAUAAUCUAUCACAGAAAACUUAAAUAUUUACCAACAGUAAGCUCUUGCCCAGCCUUACGGAUUUAGUUGUGGAGAUCUGUAGUGUCAGCGUUAGUCAAUCUGUGGGUGCUAUUCACAGGCUUGCUGGAGUGUCUGAGAACAUUUACUGAAAUACGGCUUAUAGAACUGACUGCCUAACGUACUAUAAAAGAUGCUGUGUACUGUUGGCAGUUACAGUAUACAAUGGCAGGAUCUGAGCGUUUGGGACCAGUCCAGCUCAUAAUAUGUAGUGUAAGCUACAGAUUUUAGUAGAGACAGCAGUGAGCUUUCUUAUUUUAUGUUUAAAAGUGUGAGUGGCUGUCACCGGUUGUGGGAAACAGCUUCCUGAUCACUUUUGUGUUUACCUUGUUAGAUACAAAUAUGGAGUGUUUUUACUGGGUGCCUUUUUGCCAGCUCCCAGAGACAUGCUGUGCCCAUUGUAUUUUUCUUUUCUAAUAUACCCCUGAGAGAUAUUCUGGUAGUGGCAUAUCCAGGGAGAACAGUGCCCACGGCAAGCAGUGAAAUUGCUCCCCUGUCAAAGCAUCGGACACCUGUUGAUUAGGUGACGUUAUAAUAUCAUCAUACAAAAAAAAAAAAAUACAAAUCAAGCUUGUAAAUAAUAUUAUCAAUCAAUAUAUCAAUCUAAAACAUAAUUAAGAAUCAGUGAACGCAUAUGGUAAAAUUACCUAGCUACUCUACAUUGCAACUUAACCGUCCUUGCUUUCACUGCAACAAACUGGUCUAAGGUGUGAUCAAAAUUCUCUUUCUAUGCUCAUGAAAGCCAGAUCACAGAGUCUGCCUUGACCCAUGGAGGCCCUCAAAUGUGAAAGGUUUAGUUUUAACCUGUUGAAUCAUAUCUCACAGCUGGUGAUGAAAACUGCAUUUGAACUGUUGCACUUGAAACUGGAUUGCUCUCCUAGCACACUUGUCAAACUUCACAGUCCAUUGUGGUGCUGUUCAAUCACUGCUAGUAUGAGAUCAGGAGUUCAGUUCACUAGGCCCCUCGUCUACAGGUUCAAUCCCAUAAAGUGUGGCAGCCUCACUCUUUUGAUUUCAUUUCUUCCCAUCAUAUAUGUGUGCCUCUGCUCAGGUGGUGCCCAGGGCAAGUGUCCGCACUUGCAGCAACCUAGAUACGCCUCUGUAUUCUGGGAAGUAUAAUCCAGAUUGCAUUGAGAAUAGUUAUAACCAGUUUUCACUGUAUUCUUCUCCCCGCACUUUCAGCCCAGUCUGAUGCAGUAAUGAUCAGACAUUGUGUUCACACUUUAACAAUAUUUGUAUAAAAUUUGGGCAAAAUUUCCACGGUUAAAUGGCUCACCACUCUUUUCUUGCAUACAACUCUCAGAAAAACAUGGUGUAAAUCUACUCUCAGGGAUUUUCUACGCAAAGAAAGGAACUGUUCCAGCUUUAUUUUACCAGCAAUUAUGUCAUCGAUAUCACCAACGAUUUUUAGCAAUGCAUGCAUGCAUGUCGUGUAUAUGUGUAUUAUGCACACUACAUUGCUCACCUUCUGUCUGAUGUCACUAGUGCUGUGUUAAUUGUAUGAGUGGAAUGCUGCAAUGUAAGUCGAACCAAAACAGUUAUCACAUAGCCUAUGAUUAUUGUAUACCAUCUGUUGUGAACGGCAACUGUCUUUGUAAACAUUCUUCAUUAAAUUUUGAAUAAAAAAUGUCUACAGUUUGUAUAUUUACCUCA